GUGACAUUAUUUAGCCGCAUAGAAUCCGCUAAUGCAGUUAGCGGCGCAAAAGUCGAAAUUUGCACACAGCUGGCCAUCGCGCUGGCCUCAACUCGGCUUGCCCAACAAGACCAGGCGGAGCGCAGCAGCCAUGGCAACAGCAAGCAUUAACGGUCUUGAAUACUGGUUCUCGCGGAGCCCGCGCUAUGAGUCGCUGGUGGAUGACGAGGCUGCCAAGACCGCGAUCCUGGUGACUCCAGUCUCGCAGGACGCGGGCCUGGACUCGCUGCUGCCCGCACUGCCGCCGGCCCACAGCGGCUGGGUCCGCACCUGCCGCUUCAAGGCCAAGGCGGGGGAGGUGUGCCUGCUGCCCUCGGAGCAGGGCGGGGUGGCACGUGUGCUGCUGGGACUCGGGCUCGGCGGAUCCGGCGCGGCGGCGGGCGGCGAGCCCUGGCCCUUCGCGGCGCUCGCCAAGCUGCCCAGCGGCGUGUACAAGCUGGAGGGGGAGGCUGUAGCAGCCAGCAGCAGCAGCGGCGGCGGCAGUAGCAGUGGCGGCGGUGGUACGGGAGCGGAACAGCAGGCGGCUGUAGCAGCAGGAGCGGCUGUAGCUGACCGGGCGGCUCUGGGUUUCCUGCUGGGGCACUAUGCCUAUGAGCGGUACAAGGGCUCGGGCUCCGGUACUGGUGCUGCUGGUGGUUCUACUGCCGGUGGUUCUACUGCCGGUGGUGCUGCUGCCGGCGGUGCGGCUGGGGCGGAGGCGGAGGCGGAGGGCAAGGCCCGGCUGGUGUGGCCGACUGGGUCAAACAGGGCGCAUGUGGCGGCGCUGGCCCGCGGGUUCGUGUGGGCUCGCGACCUCAUCACCACCCCCGCAGAGGACCUGGGCCCCCAGCACCUGGCGGCGGAGGCGGAGGCGCUGGCGGCGGCUCACGGGGCGGCCUUUCGCGUGCUGCAGGGUGACGAGCUGCUUGAACACAACUACCCAGCUAUCCACACCGUGGGACGAGCCAGCCACAGGCCGCCGCUGCUGGCGACGCUCGAGUGGUCGCCGCCGGGGGCCGCUACUGGGGCCGGGGGGGAGGCGCUGCCGGUGCUGGCGCUGGUGGGGAAGGGCGUGUGUUUUGACACGGGCGGUCUGGAUCUCAAGCCCGCAGCUUCCAUGAAGAACAUGAAGAAGGACAUGGGCGGCGCCGCGCUGGUGCUGGCGCUGGCGCACUGCGUCAUGGCCGCCCGCCUGCGCUGCCGGCUGCGGGUGCUGGUGCCGGCGGUGGAGAACGCGGUGGCGGGCAACGCCUUCCGGCCGCUGGACGUGCUGCAGACCCGCGCCGGCAUCACAGUGGAGAACGGCAACACGGACGCGGAGGGCCGACUCAUCCUGGCAGACGCCCUUGCAGACGCCCUGGGCCGCAACUGCCGCGUCAACCCCAACCAACCGCCGCCAACCGCCACCCCAACCGCCCCAACCGCCAACUUCCAACUGCCGGACCUGCUGAUCGACGCCGCCACGCUCACGGGCGCGGCGCGGGUGGCUCUGGGUGCCGACCUGCCGGCCGUGUUUGCGAAUGAUGACGACACGUGGCGGGCGCUGGAGGCGGCGGCGGCAGUCACGGGCGACCCCGUGUGGCGGCUCCCGCUUCAUGCGCCGUACCGCAAGUCGCUGGACUCUAAGAUCGCGGACCUGUCCUCCACGGGUGCGGGUGACGGGUUGGCGGGGGCGAUCAUCGCGGCACUGUUCCUGCAGGAGUUCGCGAGGGGGGCGCCCAGGUGGCUGCACAUCGACACCAACGCCUUCAACGUGGGCGUCGCGGUGGGCCCCGGCCGGCCCGAGGGCGGCGAGGCGCAGGGCCUGCGGGCGCUGUUUGCAAUGCUGUGCGCGCGGUACGGCACCGCGGCGUGACCGCGUGAGGGCCUGGCGGGAUGGAAAACGGUGGUGAGGAUGGUGGUGAGCCGAGCCGUGGUGGUGGUGAUCAGCCGAGCCUGAGGUUGGAAUGGGCUCAGAAGGGUAGCGGCGGCUGGCAUUGCUAGCAGUGCUGGCGGAUGUAGGGAGGCGGGGCAGGCGUUCUCUGUUGGUUGGUGGAGGUGGUUGCGGUGCAUUGUACCAGACUGGCAGGCGGAUGUGUGGCUGGACGGCACGUUUGGGCAUUGACUGUUGCGGAGACCCGAGCCGCAAGCACGUUGGAGCAGCCGCGUUGGUGCGAGCAAGUUAUGAUGCCGUUUAUGCAAGAACACAGCAGCAAUCUGGCAACUUUUGCGGCUGAGGCCAGCUGGCUGGUACAGUCUUGACAAACGCAAAGCUGGCGGUGGCGACAUCGCAGUUUUGAGGCGCACACAGGCACCGCACAACCGUACCUCGCCAACAUCCUGACCAUCCACCAAUGCCCCCGGCCCGGGCCUCGGUUUCUGCAGGGACAGGAAUGCACGUCGUGCUCACCACCUUGUAACCACAGACAAUA